AUGGCGCGCAUGGUGCGCUCAGGGAAUGUCCAAGUCAUCACCGGCGACUGGCUCUCAGAGAUGAACAUCGCCUGGAACGCCAUCGCCAAACGCGACGUCGACCCGAAUCUCGGAUACGAAAACGGCUUUUACGAGCAGCUCGAAGCCUGCAUCGAUGAUAUAAUGACGAGGGACAUAAGAGUGGUGACAAACGCUGGCGCGUUGAACACCACGGCGCUCUUCGAGAAGAUUAAGGCGCUGUGCAGGAGGAAAGGGUAUCCCGAGAGUGUUGUCGCGGCGGUUCUCGGCGAUGAUGUGUCUGGUCUUCUCGAAGAUACCAGCCAAGACUUGAGGUUUCCUCAUCUCGACCACCCCGAGAUCACCCUCGACGACUGGGGGUUCAAGCCCUGUUGCGGCAAUGCUUACAUUGGCUGCUGGGGAAUCGUCGAGGCACUAAGAGCUGGCGCGCGCAUCGUCGUUGCUGGAAGGUGUACGGACGCGUCGCCGGUGAUGGGUGCUGCUGCGUGGUACUACGGUUGGCGAGAAGAUCAGUACCAAGAGCUGGCCGGCGCACUGCUGGCCGCUCAUCUGAUUGAGUGCGGACCGUACGUCGUGGGCGCGAACUUCUCCGGCUUCAAGGAGUUCCUUCCUGAGCUCGUAGACUUGGCGUUCCCCAUUGCUGAGAUCAGUCGAGACGGCGAAUGCGUCAUAAGCAGGACUGCCGAAGGCGGCGGCCAUGUCACCAAGCACACAGUAACGGCGCAGUUGCUCUAUGAGCUCCAGGGGCAUCUCUAUCUCAACCCGGAUGUGGUAGGAGAUCUCUCUGGGGUUCAAGUUGAGGAGCAGACAGGCUUUGGGGAAGAUAGAGUACGGGUUUGGGGUGUGAAGGGCCUGCCGCCUCCACCAACGACGAAAGUAAUGUUCGCGGCGGAGGGAGGUUAUCAAGCUGAGGCCACCUUCUACAUCAACGGUUUGGAUGUUGAUGAGAAGGUGACCAUGAUGAAGUGUCAGCUGACCCACAUGUUCAAAGACAGUAACUUCAGCCGACUAAGCAUGGAGCAGUACGGUACUCAGGUGCAGAAUCCCAGCUCACAGCAGGCGGGGACAGUUCAGCUUCGGGUGUUUGCGCAAGCCAGGACAAAGGAGGACAUCGCAGCGGUGAAGUUCAAAAUCCCCAUUUACGCUGUGAGGAUGCAGAGCUAUCCGGGGUACCAUAUGUCUCUCGACUUCCGGACGAUGGAUCCGAAACCGUUCAUGGAGAUGUUCCCUGCGCUGAUACCGCAGUCGGCCAUCGACCAUCGUGUUCUGUUGGGGACCGGAGAGUUGAUACCAGUCCCAUCACCGAAAGAAACGGCCGAUUACAAGGUUGUCCGGCCAUCAGCCGACACCGCCGAACCCGUCGACCUGACAUCUCUGGGUCCGACAGAGUUUGUUCCCUUGGGUAGCAUCGUCCAUGCUCGGUCUGGCGACAAGGCCGACAACUCCAACAUCGGUUUCUUCGUGCGACAUGAAGAUGAAUAUGCGUGGCUGCGGUCAUUGUUGACCGUGUCGCGAUUGAAACAGCUGCUCGGUGAUGAUUGGUAUAAGAUCAAUCCUAACAGGCGGGUGGAACGUGUCGAGUUCCCCGGCAUUAACGCCGUGCACUUGUGA